AUGUCACCUAUAAUGAAGGAAACUCCAUCAAAAGCAGCCGCAAGCGCACUUUCAGAUUUAGAACUUGGCGAAGCCAAGAAGGAUUUAGGAUCCCAGUUAGGAGCUGUUAAAGAAGAGACUGCUGCUGAUAUUGAUAUCAAGAUUGCCAAGGCUGUAGAAGAACACAAGAAGUUUAUCAAAUCUCACCAUGUGCAUCGUCAUAAAUUGAAGGCACUAGAGAAGGAUGAGCCUUUGCUAGUUGAGAAUAAGCGUCGUUUUGUUCUCUUCCCAAUCAAGUACCAUGAGAUUUGGGAAGCAUAUAAGAGGGCCGAAGCGUCUUUCUGGACUGCAGAAGAAAUCGAUUUGUCCAAGGAUUUGCACGAUUGGAACAACAGAAUGAAUGAGAACGAAAGGUUUUUUAUCUCUAGAAUUUUGGCGUUCUUCGCUGCCUCGGAUGGUAUCGUUAACGAAAACUUGGUGGAGAACUUCUCAGCUGAAGUGCAAGCACCAGAAGCGAAAUGUUUCUAUGGGUUCCAAAUUAUGAUGGAGAAUAUCCAUUCAGAGACUUAUUCCUUGUUGAUUGAUACCUAUAUUAAGGAUCCAAAGGAAAGUGAGUUUUUGUUCAAUGCUAUCGAAACUAUCCCACAAAUUAAAGAAAAGGCUGAAUGGGCUAUCAGAUGGAUUCAAGAUGAUGAUGCCUUGUUUGGUGAAAGAUUGGUUGCUUUCGCUGCUGUGGAAGGUGUGUUCUUCUCCGGUUCCUUUGCUGCUAUCUUCUGGUUGAAGAAGAAGGGGUUAAUGCCUGGUUUGACUUUCUCUAACGAGUUGAUCUGUAGAGAUGAAGGUCUACAUACAGACUUUGCCUGUCUACUCUUUGCCCAUUUGAAGAAUAAACCAAAUCCAGAAAUUGUGGAAAAGAUCAUUACAGAAGCUGUCGAAAUUGAAAAGAGAUACUUCAUGGAUGCUCUACCCGUUUCUCUAUUGGGUAUGAACGCAGACUUAAUGAACCAAUACGUGGAAUUUGUCGCCGACAGAUUAUUGGUCGCCUUGGGUAACAAGAAAUAUUUCAAUGUCACCAACCCAUUCGAUUUCAUGGAAAAUAUCUCCUUGGCUGGUAAGACCAACUUUUUCGAAAAGAGAGUCUCCGAUUACCAAAAGGCUGGUGUCAUCGCUAAGUCUUCCAAUACCGAAGCCCAGGAUGGUGCUUUUGCAUUUGAUGAAGAUUUCUAA